CUCCGCUUCUACCCCACCACGCUGCUGGAGACGGGCAGCGACCUCCUCUUCUUCUGGGUCUCCCGCAUGGUGAUGCUGGGACAGGAGCUCACCGGCCGCCUGCCCUUCUCCCAGGUGCUGCUGCACUCGCUGGUGCGCGACGCGGCGGGGAGGAAGAUGAGCAAAUCGCUGGGGAACGUCAUCGACCCCCGGGACGUCAUCGGGGGGGCGACGCUUCCGGAGCUGCAGGAGAAGCUGACCCACACCAUCCUGGACCCCCAUGAGCUGGCGGUGGCUUCAGAGGGGCAGAAGCGCCAGUUCCCCCACGGCAUCCCCGAAUGCGGCGCCGACGCGCUCCGCCUGGCGCUGUGCUCCCACAAUGCCCACGGCGACGACAUCCGCCUGGACGUGGCCGCCGUGCUGAGCCAGCGCCGCUUCUGCAACAAAGUCUGGAACGCCGUCAAGUUCAUCCUCGCCGCCCUCAGCCCCCCACGUUUCAUCCCCCGACCCCCAGAGGAGGCGGCCCCCCGCGCUCCCAUGGACCGGUGGGUGCUGAGCCGGCUGGCGCGGGCGGCGGGGGAAUUUGGGAGGAGAAUGGAGGAGCUGGAGGUGCACGGGGCUGUCGCCGCCGCGCGGCAUUUCUGGCUCCGGACCCUCUGCGACGUCUACUUGGAGGCUGUCAAACCCUCUCUUCGCCGCCCCGACCCGGACCCCUCCACGCUGCAGACGCUGCUGAGCUGCGCCGAGCUGGGCCUGCGCCUCCUCGCCCCCCUCUCCCCCUUCUUGGCCGAGGAGCUGUGGCACCGCCUUCCCCGCGCCCCCCCGGCGCCCCCCACCCUCUGCCUCGCUCCGUUCCCCACCGCCGCCAUGCUGGCCCAUUGGCUCUGCCCUGAGGUGGAGGCGGAGGUGGAGGCCAUGAGGGAGGUGGUCAGGACGGUGCGGGCCCUAAGGGACGCGUUCCGCCUCGGUGCUGCGCGGCCACGGGGUGAGUGGCCAAGAUGGCCGACACGGGGGGGCUGGGGGCGGGGUCUGAUGUGGCCAACGUGGGGGUGGGGGGGAUGGGGGGCGUUGAGGCCCAAGGUGGCCAUUGGAAGCGGGGAGUGGAGGCCCAAGAUGGCCGACUGGAGUUGGGGUAUCAGGGCCCAAGAUGGCUGACGUUAGGGCGAGGCUUCAAGGCCCAAGAU